UUCUAGGGAAGAAUGUGUCGGUUCGGACCGUCCUGUGGCUGGGGGUGCGAAGAGGCCAGGCCCGGAAGAACCGAGCCCUCGGGCCGCUGACCGCCGGCGACAAUGGAGGACGAGCAGCCCGACAGCUUGGAGGGCUGGGUGCCGGUCCGCGAGGACCUCUUUGCCGAGCCCGAGCGGCACCGGCUGCGCUUCCUCGUGGCCUGGAACGACGCAGAGGGCAAGUUCGCGGUGACUUGUCACGACCGCACGGCGCAGCGGCGGCGGUGGCGGUGCGAGGGGAGCCGACCGGGGCCGGGGCCGGAGCCCGAGCCCGAGCCCGCCGCGCCUCCACCCAGCUGGGCCGGCCUGCUCUCGGCCGCCGGACUUCGCGGCGCGCACCGGCAGCUGGCGGCGCUGUGGCCGCCUCUGGAACGCUGCUUCCCGCGGCUGCCGCCGGAGCUGGACGUGGGCGGCGGCGGGGCCUGGGGCCUGGGGCGCGGGCUGUGGGCGCUGGUGUGGCCGGCGCGCGCGGGCCCCGGCGAGGCGGCGCUGCAGGAGCUUUGCCGGCAGCUGGAGCGCUACCUGAGCGAGGCCGCCGACUGCUGCGGCGGCGCCACCGUGCGCCACGCGCUCUUCCCGGCCCAGGGCGACGCGGCCGACUGCGAGAGCCUGCGCGAGUUCCGGGAGAGGGCCCUGCGCGCGCGCUGCGACGAGGCGGGCGCGCGGCUGCGCCAGGUUCUUCAAGAACACGGAAAAGCCAACACCAUGGUAGCAUUAAUGAAAGCUUAUGAUGAGGAAGAUGAAACAUACCAGGAAUUCGUUACUGCAGCAACCACGUUCUUCCAGUAUUUACUGCAGCCAUUUAGGGAUAUGCGAGAAGUUGCAACUUUAUGUAAGCUUGAUAUUUUGAAGUCCUUGGAUGAGGAUGACCUGGGUCCUAAAAGGAUAGUUGCCCUGCAGAAAGAAGCCAAAGAAUGGACCAGACAGGCUGAAGAAGCUGUUGCCUCUAUUCAAGAUAUCACAGUGAAUUAUUUUAAGGAAACAGUGAAAGCAUUAGCAGGAAUGCAGAAACAAAUGGAACAGGAUGGAGAGAGAUUUGGCCAGGCUGCCUGGGCUACUGCAAUUCCCAGAUUAGAAAAACUCAAGCUAAUGCUAGCUCGAGAGACUCUGCAACUCAUGAGAGCCAAAGAGUUGUGUUUAAAUAACAAAAGAAGUGAAAUUCAGGGAAAGAUGGAAGAUCUUCCAGAACAAGAAAAAAAUAUAGAUGUUGUAGAUGAAUUAGAAAUACAGUAUUAUGAAAUUCAAUUAGAACUGUAUGAGGUUAAAUUGGAGAUAGUAAAAAAUGAAGAAAUACUUCUUAUUACACAGUUGGACUCUAUUAAAAGACUUAUAAAAGAAAAACAUGAUGAAGUUGUCUAUUAUGAUCCAUGUGAAAGUCCAGAGGAACUUAAAGUCAUUGAUCAUGUGGUGGGGCUGCAGGACACUAAGAAUUUGGAGGUGAAAGAACUCAGCCGGCAGUGCCAGCGGCUGGAGUCUAAACGAGGCAGGAUCUGUGCCAGAAGAGCCUAUCUCAGGAACAGAAAGGAUCAAUGCAAAGAAAAUCAUCAGCUCAGAUUACAACAGGCUAAAGAAAGUAUAAGAUAUUUUCAUCAGCAUCAUAGUAUUCAGAUGAAAAGAGAUAAGAUAAAAGAAGAGGAGCAAAAGAAGAAAGAAUGGAUAAACCAAGAGCGCCAGAAAACGCUCCAACGAUUGAGAGCAUUUAAAGAGAAAUGUCCAGCUCGGUCUGCCCUCAAAAACUCUUGCUUGGGACCUGUGGCUCCAAACCUGCCAGGGGGCUGUCCCCAGCAGAUGUCUUCACCAGCCUCUAAGCCAGUGUCAGCAAUUCACCUGCCCUCCAGGAAAACCAGAAGUGCUCCCUUAUGUGAAGUUAGUAAUGUGAAAACCCCCGAGUGUCAAGACUAUCUUGGAAAUAUCCCUGUCCAGAUUUUUGUUCCAGUUGGUGACCAAACGCAUUCCAAAUCCAGUGAGGAAUUGUCACUGCUACCACCACCAUCACUACCUCCUCCUCCUCCACCCCCACCGCCCCCUCUCCCUGCUCUGUCCUUGUCUUCUCAAGCUGCAGCUCAUUGGAACUUAAGCUUCAGGACUUCAGGAAAAGAUGAUCAGUCACUUCCUCUAGUGUGUGAAUCACGUGCUGAAAAACCACAUGAUCCCCUGGAAAGUUUUCAAUGCCCAGUUUCAGGCUCUAUGGAUGCGGUGCUGGCCUCCUUAAGGCACAACAAAACCCCUCUCCGGAAGGUGGAAGUGCCUGCAGUGCCCCCUCCCCACACCUCAGUCAAUGAGCACAUUCUGGCCGCCAUAAGGCAAGGGGUCAAGCUGAAGAAAGUUCACCCAGACUUUGGCCCGAGCCCCAGCAGCAAACCAAACAGUGACCUUGAGAGGAGCAUCAAGGCAGCGCUCCAAAGAAUCAAGAGAGUGUCUGCUGACUCGGAGGACAGCGAUGAGCAGAGCCCUGGCGAGUGGGACCAUUAAGCGCUUCUCCAGGUUUGACAAAGGCACCGCCACAGCGUGCAUGAAUGAAGCAAGGUGGGCCAAGGCCUUUUCCUGAAAAGCUUGUGAGCACGGGAUGCUGCUGCUUUCAGUUGACGUUGUGGCUCUUAAAACUGGGGAAGGAAGCAGAGAUGUGGCGACUCACACACUGACCUAUAGCUGAGAGAUAAAACGUACAGCAAGUGUUGCUGGCAUCAGAGAAUAGCAUGUAUUUUUCACAAGUGGUAAUCUAGACUCAUUCCCUGAUUCUGGAAGAAGUUUACUUUGGCAUACUCUACUACUCACUAUGUCCUCCUGUGUGUAGGGAUUAGUGGUUUCUCACAUUUAAAGAUUUCAAUGUGAACAUUAUUUUAGCAAUAAUCAGAAUAAAUUG